CUCUCUUCAAAUUCAAUGAAAAUAAAAUACACACAGCUCUGCUGAAUCUCUACAGAGGAAGAAAGGUCGAGGCUUUGACCCCAAUUUCAAUGGCGGCUCUAUUGGGGUGGUACAAGCCAUUGCAGCCGCGCCUCUCACUCUUCUACAAAACCUUCACUCCUAAACCUUUCCACCCACGAACCAAUUUCCGGUUUCGCACGAUUUGCGCUAUCAAUUGCAGCAGUAAAUCUCAGCCUCUCACGACUUUCUGUGAAGAUAAUCGCAAGGGUACUUUGUCCAGAGAUGACGAUGGUUUUGGUAAUGGUUCUGGAGAAAUAAAGGAGGAGCUCUGGCUGUACAACACGAUGAGCAGGCAGAAGGAGUUGUUUAAGCCGAAAUUCGAGGGGAAAGUAGGAAUGUACGUGUGUGGCAUCACGGCAUAUGAUUUUAGCCACAUCGGCCACGCCCGCGUUUACGUUGCUUUCGACGUGCUAUACAGAUACCUCAAGUACUUGGGAUAUGAGGUCAAUUAUGUCCGCAAUUUCACUGAUGUUGAUGACAAGAUUAUCGCCAGGGCAAAUGAUCUGGGCGAAGACCCAAUUCAUCUAAGCAGAAGAUAUUGUGAAGAAUUUCAUCGCGACAUGACAUAUCUGAACUGCCUUCCUCCUUCUGUGGAGCCUCGUGUCUCUGAUCACAUGCCGCAAAUUAUUGAUAUGAUUAAACAGAUACUCGAGAAUGGUUGUGCAUACACAAUCAAUGGCGAUGUUUACUUCUCAGUGGUCGAAGUCCAUGACUAUGGUCGAUUGUCUGGCCGUAAAUUAGAAGAUAAUAGAGCAGGCGAACGGGUGGCUGUGGACUCGAGGAAGAAAAAUCCUGCGGAUUUUGCUUUAUGGAAGUCGGCAAAGGAGGGAGAACCAUAUUGGGAGAGUCCAUGGGGUCCUGGAAGGCCUGGAUGGCAUAUCGAGUGCAGUGCCAUGAGCGCAGCUUACUUAGGUUUCACUUUCGACAUACAUGGUGGUGGAAUGGAUCUUGUUUUCCCCCAUCAUGAGAAUGAGAUUGCACAGAGCUGUGCUGCAUGUCAAGAAAGUAGUGUGGGCUAUUGGGUGCACAAUGGAUUUGUGACCAUUGAUUCUGAGAAGAUGUCAAAGUCUCUUGGAAACUUUUUCACUAUCCGAGAGGUUAUAGAAGUUUACCAUCCACUGGCUUUGAGGCUUUUUCUUAUGGGAACUCAUUAUAGGUCCCCACUCAGUUACUCAGAGCUGCAGCUCGAAAGUGCGUCAGACCGACUUUUCUAUAUUUAUCAGACGCUUCACGAUUGUGAGAGUAUUGUGACCCAACAUAAUGCGGCUAUUCUGAAGGAUACCAUACCAGCUGGAACUGCGACUUGUAUCAAUAAAUUUCAUGAUGAAUGUUUAACGUCAAUGUUGGAUGAUCUUCAUACUCCUGUUGCUUUGGCUGCAAUGUCUGAACCACUGAAAAUUAUAAAUGAUCUUUUGCAUACUCGGAAGGGAAGGAAGCAAGAGUUGAGAAUUGAAUCACUGGCAUCUUUAGGAAGUACAAUUAGAAAUAUUAUUACUAUUUUGGGGCUAUCACCGGAUAGCUAUUCCGCGGCAUUGAAUCAACUGAGAGAUUAUGCACUGAAACGUGCCAAGUUGACUGAAGAUCAAGUAAGACAGAAAAUUGAAGAAAGGGAUGUUGCAAGAAAAAAUAAAGAGUAUGAAAAAUCUGACGCAAUUCGAAAGGAAUUAGCAGCCGUAGGGAUUGCACUCAUGGACAGCCCAGAUGGCACAACUUGGAGACCAGCUAUUCCCCUUGCUUUACUAGAGCUGCAGCUUGCAGCAAGUUGAUUUUCGAACGUGGAAUCACUUAAGAUACUAAAAUUCCACACGCAGCUUUGUAUGUUCCGGGUUUUAAACUAUUAUUAUUUAGUCUGGAGAUAUAAACAUGGAAGAACAUUAUUUAUCAGGGGGGUGUAAAAUACAUUAGUGCAAUUUUGCCCAGUGAAUUCACAGACAGUAUUGCACCAUUCAGCAGCAUUGUUUAGCUGUGUAAAUCGUCAUUUUCUGCUAUUAGAUGGUACUCUUUCCUCUCCAUCUCAUUAUAUCGCUUCUCAUCGCUAUCUCCACUGUAAUCUGUAUUCCCAAUUUGCUUAACAAUUUGUUCGAUUGUCACUGUCUUGUUAGGGUUGGCAUUUCUAAUUGAAAGGCCAACUUGAGUUGUUGUGCGGUUAUCCAGGUUGAUCAAUACCAAUGUGAUUUCUACCUGUAGCAUUUGUUCUGGACAUAAUUACCUUUUUGAAGGAAAAGGAGGCAG